AGACUUUGCCAAUACCGGCGUGGUAUGUUUGAGGUGGGCUGUGAGGAACGUCAGUGCUGCGCCGAGCCGUUGUUUAGCCCAGGGGUUAAAGGGUUAAGCCUGCCCCUGCUGCGAUCCCAGUGCCAGCUCUCUGCAGGCUGCCAAAGUAAUGCGAUUGAGCAAUGGUUUGCGGGUAAUGGACGAUCCCUCAAGCCACACGUCCGGACUCUCCAUCUCCCUAGGAAUGCACACACCCAACCUGUGAGUCUCUCUAGCCUGCAAGGGACCAGCGGCUCUCAGAGAGCUCAGAGACAGACAGAAGGUCCCCGAAGAGCCCCAGAACCAGAGGUACGGAGGCCAGGAAGGUCACCCUUCACCCCAAUUUCGCUCAAGUUCUCUUUCUCCAAAAUGGCCGACAAUGCCACCUCACAAGAAAGCCUUUAUGGAGACUAUGAGGACUAUCCUGACUUUGACGACAACAGCGGCCUCCGCGACUCCAUGCAUCUGCUCUCCAUGGUGCUCUACAGCGUGGCCUUCCUGCUGGGGGUGAUAGGGAACGGCCUGGUUAUCUUCGUCACUGGCUUCCGCAUGAAGAGGACUGUCAACACUGUCUGGUUCCUCAACUUGGCCUUGGCCGACUUUGUCUUCACUUUCUUCCUCCCGCUGAGUGUGGCCUACAUGGCCCUCGGCUUCCAUUGGCCCUUCGGGAAGGCUCUGUGCAAGCUCAACACCACCGUGGCCUUCCUCAACAUGUUUGCCAGCGUCUUCCUACUCACUGUCAUCAGCAUGGACCGCUGCGUCUCUGUGGCUUGUCCCGUCUGGGCCCAGAACUACCGCACGCCCCGGCUGGCUUCUAUGGUGGCGUUGGGCAUCUGGUUAGCAGCCAUGGCUCUCAGCUCCCCAUACUUUUUCUUCCGGGACACCAGGAGCUCUACCGGCGAGGAGAAUACCACCCACUGCUACAACAACUUUGCCUUGUCGGAUGACCUGGACUCGGAGGAGGUUGCCAAGCUGGGAGAGGAUCGUCACCGAGCCAUGGUGAUGACCCGCUUCGUGGUUGGGUUCCUGGUGCCGUUCACCAUCAUCUUGUUCUGUUACGGCAUCAUCACGGCCAGGCUGAAGGGCAGCCGCCUCACACGCUCAGGCAGACCCUUCAAGAUCAUGGUGGCAGUUGUCUUGGCCUUCUUCAUUUGCUGGUUCCCCUAUCACGUCUUCUCCUUCCUGGAGAUGUCAGUCACCACAGUAACACCCUGGCUGCAGACCAUUCUGGUGGUGGGGGUACCUUUGGCCUCGGGCCUGGCCUACGUCAACAGCUGCCUGAACCCUUUCCUGUAUGUCUUCGUAGGGCACGACUUCAGGGAGAAGCUGAGGACAUCGGUCCUUGCAGCGUUUCAGAAUGCUUUCAGCGAGACCUCAGCGCAGGUGUUAACCAAGAGCAAAUCCAGUUUGGAGAUAGAGUGUCACCUUGUCUAGAGCAGAAGGGGGAAACUGUAGGUCAGGGUUUCACAAACUUGUGUCUCCAGCUGUUGUUGGACUACAGUUCCCAUGAUCCCUAACCACUGGUCUGGCUAGCUAGGGAUGAUGGGAGUUGUAGUCCAACAGCAGUUGGAGACACAAGUUUGCGAAACCCUGCUUUAGUCUUUUCUCCACCCUGAUCCUUGAGUCUUCCCUCCCCAUCCCGCAUUCACAGCCAAGUACAAAACAGUGGUUUUGGGAUGGCGGGUUGGGAAUAACCUGAAGCAAAAUGGUGGCUCGGCAUUUGGAGGCAACCAAGGUCUAUGCUGUUUUGUAAGCUGUACGCUGGGAUGGCCUGCAUAUCAAAGUACAAAUCUUACCUUUAAGAUAUGUGAAGCUAAUAUUAUUUACUCUAGAACUAUCCUGCAGAGUGUAGUAUUGCAGAAACACAGAAUUUAGGGAUGCGGGUGGCGCUGUGGGUUAAAGCCUCAGCGCCUAGGACUUGUCGAUCGAAAGGUCGGCGGUU